GGCUGCCGCUGGCUGCUGCAGGCGUGCUAUCGGAGGUAGCGGAGGGACCUCUGCGAAAUGCAUGGUGCAUGGCAGACCCCCGUCUUUUCUCCUUCUUUCCCUUGCUUUUUUUCUUCCACCGCCCAGUGUUCGUAGGCAUCAUGUUCGUCGGCGGGCUGUCCUAGCUGCCUGAGGCCGCCCCAGCCAGCGGUGCGGCGGGUCCGGUGCGGCGCUGUGCUCUACUGGGGAUGCGGCCUGCUUGUUAAAGCUCCCCACAACCACCCCUCCGUCCGUGAUGGCUGAUGAUCAACAACAAGCUGACCACAAGCCUGCCUCGGGACUCGGCUCUCUCCCAGCGCUGGUGCCGGGACUCCAGGGACCCGAAGCCAACGCGUUGCAGUUUAAAAUCAAGAAUUCCAUUUGCAAAUCUGUACAAUCAAAAGUGGACAGCAUAUUGCAAGAUGUUGAGAAGUUUACAGACAUCGAAAAGCUCUACCUCUACCUUAAGUUGCCUUCUGGUCCCAGCAGUGGCAAUGAUAAAAGUUUCCCCAUAUCUAUUCAUCACCCCAACCCCCAAAUUGUGCCCAAUUGGACUGAGAAUGAGAGGGGGUCGUCCACUCCUGGAUUAUGCGAUCAGAGUUCCAUGUCAUCGAGUCGCACUCAGCAGAUGUAUGCCUUCAACUGGAUACGGAAUCACCUAGAAGAGCACCCCGAGACGUCCCUCCCAAAGCAGGAAGUGUACGAUGAAUACAAGAGCUAUUGUGACAAUCUCGGCUACAAUCCAUUGAGUGCAGCAGACUUUGGGAAGAUCAUGAAGAAUGUCUUCCCCAACAUGAAGGCACGUCGACUAGGGAUGAGAGGAAAAUCCAAAUAUUGUUAUAGCGGGUUAAGGAAGAAAGCUUUUGUCCACAUGCCAUCAUUACCCAACUUGGAUCUGCAGAAAUCAGGCGAUGGGUGUGAACUGAUGGAGCCGGCUGGGCAGUCCCCGAGUGCGGAGGAUGAAAUGAGGUCAGCUGCGUGUGGUUUGGUAUGCGAGUGGGCCCAAAAGGUCUUGAGUCGUCAGUUUGACAAUGUGGAGGAUCUGGCGCGCUUCCUGCUGAAUAGCCACUAUAUUGGUACCAAGUCCAUGGCUGCGCUCACUGUUAUGACAGGAACACCUACAACAGGCAUGAAGACACCAACACCCGCUUCUGCAUUUGUGCCUACGGCCGAGGCAAACUCCUUCCAGCCCCAGGUGAAGACUCUGCCCUCACCCUCUGUUGAUGCAAAGCAGCAACUGCAGCGGAAGAUCCAGAAAAAGCAGCAAGAGCAAAAGCUCCACUCUCCUCUACCCAGCGACACCCAAGUCAAACGAACGGAGGUCAGCACACCUGGCCCGACCAUCCCCUGCGGUAGCCCUGCUCUGCUGUCCCCUCAGCCCACUAUAGGCAUCGUAGUAGCAGCUGUGCCCAGCCCAGUCACGGUACAGAGAAGCCGGCAGCUAAUGACUUCUCCGAGCCCUGUUGGUACAACCGAGGGAAAAGUGCUGCCUGUAAAUUUAGUGGUUACACAGUCGCUUAAACAAUCCCCCAAAACCCCUCAGAAUAUCCCAGCGAGUCCCGUGGGGGACCGGCUGGCCCGGCACGGCACCAGGUACGCUCAAAUCCUGCCCAAGCCCUCCGCCACUAGUGCCAUCACACUUCGGUCCCCUCCCACCCUGCUCAUUACCAACAGCCCCAUUAAAACUGUGAUGCCCACUCCGCACGUGAGCUCGGUCAAUGUUGUAAAGAUGACUGCCAUUGCAUUAGCUCCCAGCAGCAGCAGCAGCAGUAGUAGUAGUACUACCAGCAGCAGCAGCACCGUGGUACGUCCUGCCUCGGCCGGGACGGGCACGACUUCCACCUUAGACGAGUCGCAGGCUGCAUGCCAUACUUCUGCGGUCAGAGCUGUUGCCUCCACUUUAACCCCCUGUGCUGAUGCCAAGGUGUCUGAAGCUGGAAAUCACAACUCUGGGGCGGAAAAGACUGGCAUUGCCACUUGCGAGGAGAGAGUGGCAAAGUUCAGGGCCGCCAGUGAGCCAAGCUUUUCGGUUAAGAGUUCUCCGGCAACUGUGUCCAGGAUGAAGAAUGACUCUGUAUCCCAUUCCACCUCGGUAGCUAUAGCUGGGAUUCAGGACAGCAAUAACAGUAACUGCCAUGACAGCACCUUGUACUUGACUGUUGAUAAUCACAACUCCAUUGGCAACAUGUCAGCCAGUGGAUGCUCGAUCAGUAUUCCAGCUUCAAAAGACCCUUGCACAGAUUCCAAGAGUCCCAGAAAGCGCACAGGCCCUACUACAGAGUCGCAUAUUAUUCCUGUGAAGAGAGUAUUUAUAUCUCAGCAGCCGCUCGCUGCAGCUGACAAUCCCAAACAUGGAAUCAGCGCUGCAGUGAAGAGGAUCCCACGACCGGGUACUCCAGCCCGACCGGAAAGCGCACCGUGCAAGGUGACUGUGAAACCCACUUCGGUCGGUCCCGUGCAGAUCUUGGAGCUCUCAGACUCGCCCGUCACACACAUCCAGGGCUCGGCGACUGUUGUCAAACCGCAGGCUUCCAUGGCGAAACAGGAAAACCGUUCUCUUGGCGACACUGGGGCCGAAGCGGCGGGAACGUCCGGCCGAGGCUUGUUGCAGCAGAUCGCCACAGACGCACGUGCCAUCCCAACCAACUCAGGAGCACACAAUGCCUCUGUGAUGAGUGAACUAAAGAGCACAAUAUGGGAAGAGGGUCAGCUCGAUGAGCUACGCAAGCACCCGUUUGCCGUGCAGAUACCAGCAGAACACAAGCAAGCCCCAACAAACCAGCUUUCUAUUCUAGCCCAACCCACCGACACCCCUAGUCAGCUGGCCUUAACGCAGGACAUGGUCGACUUUGCGGGUUCUCAACCCAACAUGGACUACUUCCCGUUCAACGACGACGACAUGACACAGGACAGCAUUGUGGAAGAGCUCGUCCAGAUGGAGGAACAGAUGAAGCUGAAAGGACUUUUUGGCAGCUGCGUGGAUGUUUCGCUCCAAGGCCAGCCGGCUGGCAACCAGAGCUCCACGCUCAAUGCUCACCAGGCUGGCACAGCUUUCUACCAGUCCGCCCACGGCAGCACCACCCCGGUCCAAACCCCCACGCCUACUCCCACGCCUACUCCCACACCUACCCCCACCUCUGAAGUGACGCUUAGCCACAGCCUGACAAGAGAGAGUCCCUGCUCCCGCAUGGCUCCCGUCACUCCCGUAGACAGCGCGCUGGGUCGCCACACACCUAUCAGUACACCGCUGUCCAACUGCAGCAGCAGCGUGCCUCCGAGCCCAGUGGAGUGCAGGAACCCUUUUGCUUUCACACCAAUCAACUCCAGCAUCACCGGUUACCACGACGCCAGUAUCGUCACCAGCAGCCCGGUGAAACCCAUGCAGAGGCCAAUGGCAACGCACCCCGACAAGGCCAAACUGGAGUGGAUCAACAACCGCUAUAACAGCAACUCGGCCGCCCCCUUGUCCAACCAUAGCAUUGGUAUACUUCCUAGCUACCAAGACCUGGUUGACGAUCAAUUUCGUAAACCGCACGCUUUUGCGAUUCCUGGCCAAACAUUUCAAGCGCAGUCCAGGCCAGAUUCAGCUAAUUUUGGCCCUUUGACCCCUAUUUCCCCUGUGCAACAGCAGCAAGUAACUGGUGGAACCACGCUGACUAAGCAGGAGAGCUUCGCUGUGCCCGCACCAUUGGACAACAAGGCACCAACGACGUCGGCGUCCAGUACUUUCCGCUGCCGCAGUGUCAGCCCCGCUGUGCGCCAGAGGAACUCCAGCGGCAACACCGGCCCACAGACCGCCGCCAACGCUAAUACCUCCGGCGCCACCCUCACAGUUGUCUCGCCCUUUAACUCUGCCAUCACCUCCGAAGUGCUAAGCAUCCUAUCCAACACGCAGUCGGUCAAUUCGGUACACAGCAUGGUCCAACGCAGCCAGUCCGUACCCUUAAACAUCAUGAUGCAGAGCGAGUUGUUGCCCGUGCAGGGCCCGAGCAACACCGCCAAAAUCACCAACGUCCUUCUCAGCAAGAUGGAGGCGGAGGGGGACGAAUCGGUCCGCGGCCUGGGGGUAAACAACCUCCCGUCUAACUACACGGCCCGCAUGAAUCUCACGCAAAUCCUGGAGACGGCCCCGGCUUUCGCCACGGGAACGUCGCACCAGACCCCGAUGCCCGUCGACCCCGGCCCGGCCGCAUUCGAGCUCCAGCGGCACAGCUAUCUGGCCGACGCCAGUGGAGAGCAAGCGAGCUUCUCCGCCGGGGACACCCAAGCACAAGAAGCGCCCGGUGAGCCAGACCAGCAACAGCAGACGCAGCGGGACACGGAGGAUGAGCAGCAGCAGCAGCAGCAGCUGGAUUUCAACAACACCGUCAAGGACUUGUUGGGGGACGACACUCUCAAUCCCAGCUCACAGCUGGUGGGUCAGGUGGCCUCAGAACUUAACGCAGUGGCGUCAGACUUUUCGAACGACAUCAGGCUGACCACAGAUCUGUCCAGUAGCAUCACUGACCUUAACACAUUGGACACCAAUCUGCUGUUUGACCCCAAUCAGCAGCAGGAACAAUAUGAAGACUCGACACUGGAAGAACUAAAGAACGACCCACUAUUUCAGCAGAUAUGCAGUGAUACUGUGAACUCUGGCUUUGACUGGCUGGAGAGCAAAGACCAGCCCACAACAGUAGAGAUGCUGGGCUGAUCUUAACUUUUAUUCUCUACCACUUCUCUCCUGUGUCACUCGUUCGUUUGGUGUGUAUCUCGUAUAUCUGUUUUUUAAACUACAGUUUGUUGGGACUUGUCUGGACUUAGUCGUCAGUUCUGUUCAAAAGUGCCAGGCUUUACCCUUUCGCUCUUUCAUCAUCUCGCUUUCUGACGAUGGUCCGUUAACCUUCACCUUCUUUCCCAUUGCUACAAUCAGAAACAAAUCGUUGGUAGUAAAGGAGGGAAUGAAGCUGCAUUUGGAGAAACAAACAUCUUCCAUGUUCGAACAAAUCAUUCAUGCAAUAUCUCUAUUGAACAAACACUUGGAAUUGAGGCGGAUAGGCGAUUUGGCACAUUAUGACAUUAUGACAUCACCAAAAAUGUUGUAAACACUUUUCAGUCUGUGCGGUUCAACCAAAUGUAGAUAAAAGGUUGGUAGCGGAGGUCUUUGGAUGUUUGCCUGCCAUAUCAAAUAUUAAGAAGGGUAGCGACUCAGGCUGCCAGGUGCUGAAUUUUUGACAAAUUCUUUCUACUUUAUCAUAAACCAAAUCAGUGGAGAACUGAUUCUUGCCUGAGCAUUGUUGAUUUUUUUUUUCUUAAAAGCCUAACUCGUACUGUUGAAUAUCUUCUAAAGGGAGUAAAUGAAACGGUAGGGGAUACCAUGCGAUUCCAGGCCACUUGUCGGACUAAACAUGGAAAGGAAUCAACAACUGGCUGCCUUAUUCCUUAUGUCCAAGGCCUUAUGCCAUCUCUAGAGAAACUGUACAUAAAUCUCAACGUAGAACCAUCCAGAGCGUCUUCGUCAUAUCAAGGCAGCUGUUACUCUUGAUAUUAUCAGCACUAUUCCUGAUUCUUUUUUUUCUUUCGCAGUGUUAAAGCGUAGGUGUGUUUUUUUGUUUGUUUGGGGGUUUUUUGUACAGGCUAGCAAUUACACUGUGUGUGACAUUGCAUUUAGAGGAAUUUGAUAUACUAUCUUGAAACCAAUGGCAGGCACGCUUGACGUCAUUGUCUUUAAAUUUCUUCGUUUUCUGCAUGUUAGAAUAAAAGGAGAGAAAAAAAUCAAUGGUUUGGAGAAGGCUCAGCUACAUAAUAGACAAGAGGCAGAAAAAUAUGCAUUGAUGUCAUCUUGAAUGAAAUGUGUGAACCAGCCUUAUUUCCAUGCCAAAGAUUUCAAAAAACCUAAAGAGAUUAUUACACGUGGUCAUUCCUAGUUGAAAUCAGCAGAACUGGUUAUAUGGAAACCUUUUAUUGCAUCUAAGGAAAAGGAUAAAGUUACAUAAAUUCUAUGUACAGUAUGUAUAUUAGGGAAGUGGCCAAAAAGUAACCAUGGACCUGCAAAAGCAUGUUGAAAACAAUCACUACUAUGUGAUACAACAGGAGGCUUACUUGAGUUUUUGGCAAUUGUCAAUGUUGUACAAGUCAUCUUAAAGCUCCAUUUGUAAAUAGGAUAGAUACAUAGAGAUUUGAUGUAUCCGGACACUAUAUUCUGGCCAUUAUUAUAGCUAAGUAUGUGUCAUUUAAAAGAUGAAGAAGAAAAAAAAAAGCUUAACAGAUGUAUAGUUGGCAAGAUACUGUAUGUUGUGUGUUACAUUUCUGGCUUAGAGUGUCGUAAAAGUAAUGCUGUCUGGUCUUUGCUUGCUGAUUUUAUUUGACUUUUUGAGGUGGAGAAGCAGAAGGGCCUGUGCUUUGAACAGGAGGGGGGAAAAGUUGCGACACUCUUAGCUGAUGGCAAACAUUUUUGCGACAAAGCCUUUCAUCAGACACUGGAAAAGAAAAAACAUUCGCUCAUAAUUCAACAAACUUCAGAGGUCCACAUUAUUGCACUAAAUUUUUACGACACACGCCUUUGCCACGUCUUAAUGGACAAAUGUAACGAUAAAUGCCCACAACAACAACGAAAAGAUAUUUUUUAUGACAAUGUAAGGAAAUUAACUGUCAGAAAAUGACUAAUUGUCUUGUAGCAAAAUGUGCAUUAAUCUCAGUGAGAUACACAUUUCUUACACAUUCUCAUACAUGAGAAUAUGAAGCAUUGAGGGAAAACAAACAUUGAGUAACCUUUAAAAACCUACGUGCUCAUUGUGUUGAUAAAUGAUUGUACGCACGCAUGUGUGAUGUCUUCUGUUGUACUUUAUAUAUUCUCGAUGACCUCCGUCUGCUGUGAUUUGGGCAGGUUCUGUUGAACAUACAGGCAGUGCCAGUUUUGUCCGCUACUUCUGUCGUUUGCUGUUUACUAAGUUAACAUUGUUCUCUUGUCUUAUGUUGAUGACUAUUUUUUACAUUCAAUAUGUGUCAAAAGUUCAGUUGUGAAGACAUGUUCCUGCAGUUUUGUUUUCUUCAAAGGCACUGAUAUUUGAAUUCUUAAUGAAGGAAAUGCACCUCUUCUGAGCUCCACCAAGCAUUAAUUUAAUCUUUGACUGACCCAGAACAAACUCUGUUUGACUCCUCAAUUCAUUUUUACCAGUAAAAGAAAAAAAAACCCUCCUCUGUGAUGUUGUCUGGUGUACUGCUUAAUGUACAGUAGCUUGUUAAUAUUGCAAACGCGUUGUUCCUUUUUUUUCCUCAAUGGAAAGUACUCACUGGUGAGAUUUUUAAAGUGGUUUUAAAAGCCAAUAAACUUUUUUUUAAAGAACUUCCUAGUGUUUUCAUUGGUGGUCGUUGCCGGUGUGGAAUGUGAGCUCCUUUACCUGUGUGAGAGGCUAGGUUGGUCACAUGACGUUCACGAUGACGCGAAGGCAGUUGUUGUCAUAUCACAUGAAUAAGGCUAGAUGUCUAUGGAGGUAGAUUUGUGUCUUUAUUAUUCAAUCAAAAAAAGUUGCUUCAAUCAAAUGAAAAGUUGCUUCAAUCCAAAUAUAUAUUUUCAAUCGAAGAAAAAGGCACUUCAAUCCAAAAAAAAAAAAAAAUGUGUUUGGAUGCAAAAAUAAAUUUGAACCUCAAAAAAAUAUAUUUCAAAACUAUUUUUCUUUGAUUGAAUGAUUUUUAAUUUUUUUUAAUGAAACAUUUUUGAUUGAAGUCAUGUAAUUUUGCGUUUACACCACAUUUUGGCUAGGACAUUUGUGUCUUAUUCAAUCAAAAAAUAAGUUGCUU